AUGUCGCAGCUUAAUGCUCAGUUUGUAAAACAAGGCUUCUGGGUCGAUAACUCAAGAGGCCCUGUUAUGGGUCAAACUAUUACCACUACGACGAAAACCGGAAACCUAGUGGUGGCACUCAUGGCUGUUUUAACCACUCUCGGUACCAGCCAAUUGUGGAGCCUGGUCAUAUUUGGUUAUCACCAAAUGCGAGUGAAUGCUAGGCCCAAAGAUGGCUUGCUCAUGCAACAGCAAGCCCUCAUGCGCACACUGCCGGCACCAUUCACCAUGCUUGCAGAUUGGCUGAAGCUAUGGUGGGUUUGGAGAAAACGCGUUGAUCGGGCUCUCUCACGAUCUCUAUUACUCAUCAUGCUCGCGAUCCUUUUUGCCGCCGUCACAAUCGUUGUUGGAAUUUUUUCAUCAUAUCUCGUGGAUAGUACCAACAUUACUGUCCUCGUUCAAAGUCCUUAUUGUGGCCCCGUCGACUUCCUUGGAGACGACAUUGAAGGCUCAACGGAGAACUACUCUUUAUGGAACGGUGAAUACAUGCAAAAGGUCGCUGACCUAGCUGAUUCAUACGCAAGAGAUUGUUACGUAAGUAGGACGACAGUGCCAGAACGUUGCAGAAUCUUCAUCCGACCAACACUCCCCUUCCAACAGCAGAGGGUAGCUUGCCCUUUUGAAUCGUCCAUGUGCAAGAAUAUCUCACAGCCAGGUCUUGCUAUCGACACGGGUCUGCUCGACCUCAACGAAUACUUUGGGCUUAAUCUCGCCGCUAGUGAUACGGUCAUGUUUCGUCGCAAGACUACUUGUGGAGUGCUGGAACUGAAUGGACACUAUGAUGUUCUCAAUGCUUCCAACUUCCCCGAUUUUGAGCUGAAUACAGGUCGAGCACCGUGGGCGGGAGAGCAGAUGAUGCGUAUGUAUUUCGGCCACACUAUGGCAUCCAAUUUUACGUUUGCGGUGCAGUAUAUGCCAGAAGAGCGAGAGAGCUUGGCGACGACGAAGUGA